AUGAAUAGGCUAGACGUUGAAAACUAUUUUGAUUUGCUCCAAACCACCCUAGAAGAAAAUGAUAUUUUUAAUAAACCAGGGUAUAUUUUUAAUAUCGAUGAGACGGGGCUACCAAUGAAUAACCGUACUGGUAUUGUUGUUGCCGAAAAGGGUUCUAAAAGUGUGUCUAUGACCACGUUCACUGAAAAGGGGGAAACAAUAUCUUGCAUCGCGUGUUGCAAUGCUGAAGGCAUGUUUCUUCCGCCGGCUUAUAUAAUGAAAGGCAAAUAUAAGAAAGCACAAUAUGAAGAUGGGAUGCCACCUGGGUCGAUUCUUUCUAUAGUAGAAAAAUCAGCGCAUGUUAACACCAGCAUUUUUAUUAUGUGGCUUAAAGACCAUUUUAUACCACAAAACCCCGCUGGUAAAGUCUUGCUGAUCUUGGAUGGUCACGCCAUGUUGCUGUGUCUUCCAAGUCACACAACGCAUUACUUGCAACCGCUAGAUAAGGCAGUAUUUAAAUCAUUAAAAUCAUAUUUUUAUAAUGCUUGUCACCAGUGGUUCGUGCUAACCCUGGAAGAAAAUUAA